AUGGAAGUAGUCACGGAAUGCUGCGAUGCAGUCCUGGCGCGAGUAACUGACCUCGCUAAGUGUAGGCAUGUUGAUAUAGAGAGUGAGGGCGAAAACAGUGGAAGAAGAAUUGGCAUAAUACAGCUGGAGAAUAAAAAGAAACGUCCCCGACUUGGCGCCAAGACGAACAGGUCAUCUUAUAUACUACAACACAUUGACAACGGCCUAUAUCAAACUGCAUGUUACGCUCUUCUCUCCCCUUAUUAUGUAUUACAUACAUUAAUUCAACUGGGGGCGGGAACGGGUGGGCACUCUUUACAGGCAUACUCCGUUGCUAAAUUAUACCCCCCCCUGUUAUCCCCGGUUUUAUCUAUGCCAUCGAGUGUUGCCAAUAUAUAUAUAUAUAUAUAUAUGUAUAUAUUCUUCACCUUUGAUCAUACACCAACCAAAACGGCCGCCUACCCUACCCAAGAAUACUGUGUAUAUAUAUUGUUUCAUUCAUCGACUUCAGAAAAGGCAAUGAAGACAGUGAACCUUCUCCUCCUGGCGGCCUCCACCGCAACCGCCACUAGGGCAUUCGACGACAUCACCACGAUCCUGCCCAGCCAGCCGACGGGUGCUCUGUUGACGGCCAUUCACUCGCACGGCAGUGAACUGAUCAAGGACUGCGUCUCGGCCAUCCAACCUGGGAUGGAGUGUCCUUUCCCUGAGUCCUCCGCCUGGUGUGGCCUCAGCACCGCUGGACCCGCGUCUUUGCUGCGUGCCCUUUCAUCCUACGGCAGCGUGGCCUCCGUGUGGUGGUCAUCGCAUAGCUCUGCGGCCUUCUCUCUCGCUGAAAUGUGCCCACUCCGCUGGUACAACGCGAUGCUUUCGAUUCCUGGGGGCUGGGUUUGGCUGAACGAGACCAUUAUCUAUGGCGGAUGCUACGCUGAAGCGCAUCCCACCCCCUCCGGCACCGGCUCUACAGGGAAGCAGACUGCAACUCCAGGGGGGGAGCCGCUCAUGGGCUAUUGCUGGCGCCGGGUUAACGGCCUCAGUAACCGCACUCUUGUAGAAGAGAUAUCAUAUUGUGUGGUAGCAAUAUCUUUGAACGGACAUGGAGGGUACGGACGUCCUGUUUGGAAUCUGUCCGGAGCCUAA